UUUGAACAUCUGAAGACAGAAGUUUCAAAAUUAACAGAUGAAGGCCUUCUACCUGAAACGUCGACUCUCCUACUCCUACUUGGAUGCUGCCUGAUCUGCUGUGCUUUACCAGCGCUGCACUUUUUGACUCUGACUCUCCAGCGUCUGCAGUCUUCACUUUGACGUCAAUGUCUGGCAGUCACUCAAUCCAUCGGGAUCGCAACUGUUUUCAACUAUGAUUCUGUGAGAAGGAGCAAAGCUUUGUGGUUCCUGUUUGAGUACGUUUUCAGCAUCAGUGGGACUGGCUGAGAGACCCUACUAUUGCAGGACACGGAGAGUGGAGCCUGAAACAGUUAUCCAGCCCGGAAAGAGGAAUUCACGCCCAGGAGGGGCUGUACACAUGUUUGUAUGCGGCUGAAGGUUCGGCCAUGGAGAAACCUGAGGAAUCCCAUCCCGUGGAGAAACGUUGGAAAUGUGAUGACUGUGGGAAAGGCUUCUGUGUCCCGUCUGCCCUGGAGAUUCAUUGGCGCAGUCACACCGGGGAGAGGCCAUUCUCCUGCCCCGAGUGUCGGAAGGCCUUUGUCAGUUCCUCCGACCUGCUGACCCACCAGCGGAUCCACACGGGGGAGAGGCCGUUCUCCUGUCCCGACUGUGGGAAGGCCUUCAUCAAUUCCUCCAACCUGCUAACCCACCAGCGGGUCCACACAGGGGAGAGGCCCUUCAGCUGCCCUGAAUGUGGGAAGGCCUUUACCAAGACCUCCAACCUGCUGACCCAUCGGCGGAUCCACACAGGGGUGACGCUCUUCAGCUGCCCAGAGUGUGGAAAGGCCUUUACCCAGGCCUCCACCCUGCAGACCCACCGGCGGGUCCACACAGGGGAGAGGCCCUUCAGCUGCUCUGAGUGCGGGAAGGCCUUCACCCAGGCCUCCAACCUACUGACCCACCGGCGGAUCCACACAAGGGAGAGGCCCUUCAGCUGCCCAAAGUGCGAGAAGGCCUUCAGCCAUUCCUCUGCUCUGCAGACCCACCAGCGGGUCCACACAGGGGAGAGGCCCUUCAGCUGCCCUCAGUGCGGGAAGGCCUUCACCCAGGCCUCCAACUUGCUAACCCACCAGCGGAUCCACACGGGAGAGAGGCCGUUCGUAUGUCCCGAGUGUGGGAAGGCCUUCAUCAAUUCCUCCAACCUGCUGGCCCACCAGCGGGUCCACACAGGGGAGAGGCCCUUCAGCUGCCCUGAGUGCGGGAAAGCCUUUACCAAGGCCUCCACCCUGCUGACCCACCAGCAGGUCCAUACGGGGGAGAAGCCCUACAGCUGCCCUGAGUGCGAGAAGGCCUUUACCAAGGCUUCCAACCUGCUGACCCAUCGGCGAGUCCACAUGGGGGAAGAGGCCGUUCAGCUGCCCUGAGUGCGAGAAGGCCUUCAGCCAUUCCUCUGCUCUGCUGACCCACCAGCGGGCCCACACGGGGGACAGGCCCUUCAGCUGCUCCCAGUGCGGCAAGGCCUUUACCCAAGCCUCCAACUUGCUAACCCACCGGCAGAGAGAGGAGAGAAGCCCUUCAGCUGCUCCAAGUGCAGGAAGGCCUUCAGUGAUUCCUCUGCCUUGCUGAGGCACCAGCGGGUCCACACAGAGGAGAAGCCCUUCAGCUGCCCUGAAUGCGGGAAGGCCUUCAGCAAUUCCUCCGACCUGCUGACCCACCAGCGGGUCCACAUGGGGGAAGAGGCCCUUCAGCUGUCCAGAGUGUGGGAAGGCCUUCACUUGCUCCUCCCACCUGCGAGUUCAUGGGCCAUUGCAGGGGGAUUGAAGGACUAACGGUCGUCAUUACCGACUGAACUAUCAACCCAAUGCCAGGGCUCCCGGGUUCGAUUCCCACCGCGACAGAUGGUGGAAUUGGAAUUUGGUCCGAAAUCUGGAGGUUAGAAUCUAACGAUUAAACCAUUGACGGUGGGCUGGGGGUGGAAGAAACCCCCCAUCUGAUUCACUCAGUCCCUUUUUAGGGAAGGAAACUGUCAUUGUGGGAGAGGAUUCACUCAGUCGUCCCAGCUGCAUCCUUUACCCAGUCUGGCCUACACGUAACUCCAGACCCACAGCAGUGUGGAUGACUCUACACUGCCCGUCCAACUUACUUGGAGACAGGGUAUGAGUUGAAAUUGCUGAGUGAGGCAAUACUUCCUCCGGGUUAAGGCUGUACCAAGGAUCCAAUUACAAAGGGACAACUUGGUGGUGAGCAAUAAUGAAGAAAGUGAGGGGUUGGAGAGGGUGUGUGCACUUUGACCUUGAGCUGAUUUUUUAAAAAAUGCUACUUUUGCUACGCCUUUCUGCUGGGAGCUUCUGAAGCUGUAACAAAGUUGGGUCACAAUAAAGAUUACCUGAACUUCC